AUGUUCUUCCAGCCAGUCGACCUUACCACCGCCCUCCGCCCGUGCCUGCUGCCGGAUGAGACGCUGCUCUUCGUCCAGGACGCCAUCGGGCUCUACGAUGGUAAAUACAAGAUACCACGGUGCCAGAACGGCCAUGCGUACCUGACCUCGCACCGGAUAUGCUAUAUCGACCUGGAGGAGCCCCGCGGGUGCUCAGUGGGCAUCGACCUCAAGGACGUCGACCGCGUCGAGUUUCAGGCCCGGUUUCUGCGCUCGUCGCCCAAGCUCAGUCUGCUGCCGCGGAGACGGGCGGCUCCAGGAUCUACUUCUACAACGCCCACGGGACCAGGUUCGGCUACAGCGUCUACCAAUAUCAAGAGUGAAGCGAGGACGGCGACGUGGGUGUGUCCGAUCUGCUCGUUUGCGAACCCGGUGCCCUCCAACUUCGACCCUGCGCUGGCUGCGUCGACGGCCAUCCCGCCGUGUCUGGCAUGUGGCAUCAGGCCGCCCUUGACCACUCUUCUCAAAGCAGCCAUCACCGCCUCGACCUCUGCCACAUCUACUUCUACUUCUACUGUGUCGUCUUCGUCAUCUAAGAUAUGUCCGAGGUGUACGUUUGCCAAUCAUCCGUGGCUGCAAGGGUGUGAGAUUUGCGGUGCCGGGCUGGGUGGGAACGGGAACGGGAGCGGUGGCCUGACCGGAGCCGGAGCAGGAGCAGGAUCAGGAGUAGGAGUAGGAGCAGCAACGGCGGCGGCGUCUCGGACUGACUCGCCAGCGCCGUUUGGGCCAGCGUCGCGACUGGAAGGCAGGGAGAUUGGGGAGUGUGUCAAGCUCUCCUUUCGAGCAGGCGGCGAGAAGGUGUUCCACGAGCGACUGAGGGGGGCUCUCGUCCAGCGCAAGUGGAUUCUCCAGGACGCUCCUCCGGUACCCAAAGCUGGUUCUGGUUCUGGUGGUCCUGGUUCCGGUUCCGGUGUUGGUACUGGUACUGGUACUGGUAUGACUGGUAUGACUGGUACGACUGGUGCGACUGGCAUGAUUCCAGGCGCAACUGGUACUACUACUGGUACAGGUGAUAGUAAUGUUGGCGGCGGUGGUGGUACUGCUAGUGGUACGGCCGCUGGCAUCGCAGGCCUAGAGCGCCGUGGACUGGAGGCGCGACGCAACAACGAGGCAGUGAUCGGAGGAGCGUUUGAGGAUCUGGAGGCGCUGAUGGCGUCUGCCCGCGAGGUUGUGGCGCUGGCCGAGACGUUUGCCCGAGAGCGACGAAACGACGCCGGUGUCACAGACGAGGUCUCGCAGUCUGCCGCCGCCCUCGGGAUGAUCACCACCAAGCAGCUGCUGGGCCAGUCCGCUGCCUCUGCGUCUUCGUCGUCGUCGUCGACCACGGCGAGCCUGUACGUGACCGAGCUGUCUCGCAACCUGGCAGAGUACCUGACGGACGAGCGAGAGGGCCUGCUGCGACGAGCGGGCGGGAUCAUGAGCCUGGUGGACGUGUGGGCGGCCUUUAACCGAGCCCGCAACGGCGUCGAGCUUGUGAGUCCGCGAGACUUUCACUCAGCGGCCGAGCAGUGGGAGGUGCUCCGCCUGCCAGUCCGCCUGCGCCGGUUCAGGAAGAGUGGUCUGCUGGUCGUGCAGCGGGCCGACUGGACGGACGAGAAGACCUUGCAGCAGCUCUCCGCCUGGCUCAACCAGUUACACAGUACUUCUACUACUUCGACUCCUGCUACUUCUACGACGACGACGACGAGCUCCUGGUUUGGCCGGGGCGUGACUGCGCAGGAAGCCGGCGAGCGCUUUGGCUGGAGUCUCGGGGUGGCCAGCGAGGAGCUCGAGAUGGCUGAGGAAAGGGGCCUGCUGUGUCGCGAGCAGGGCGUCGAGGGCCUCCGCUUCUGGCUGAACCACUUCUAG